AUGGUCAACCCGGACGCAGAGUCAUUUGCAUUUCUGGGACUAUUUAGGAUGGUAAGAUAUGUCCCAAUGUAUCGAAGAACACUGAUCACACGAGAUGGAAGACAUGCAGGACAAUACUCCAGCGAUCUUCUUCAUAUCACAGACGAAGUUGAUGAGUCCAGUAUAACUCAUAAUCAUGCCUUUAUAUGUCGAAGAACUCACCCAACUCACUGUUUGGGCAUUUUCUACGGAGAAAACCCUUUGAACUGCUCCUUUAACAUCAUCUUAUUUGAUCUUGUUUUGAUUAUUUUGGUUACCAGCAUGCUUCGUCUUCUUCUCAAGCCUCUGAAGCAGCCAAGGAUUGUCUCCGAGAUUAUUGGUGGCAUAUUCAUUGGACCCUCUGUUCUCGGCCAGAGCAAGAAGUUAACACAGCAGGUGUUACCAGAUAAUGCCCGAUUUGUGGUGGCGAAUCUUGGAGCCAUUGGUUUUGAAUAUUUCCUUUUUGUGACUUCAGUGGAAACGGAUUUCAGUGUACUUCGAAAAGUAGGGAGGAAACAUGUCUACACUGCUGUGAUAGGAGUAUUUUUCCCCAUUGCAACAAUGUGUAUAGUUGCACACUGUUUUAAAUCAUCAAUUCAUGGGAAUCUUGCAAAACCUGCUGUCAUUGGAGGCUUCGCUUCAUCUGUGUCGGUAACUGUAUUUCCUGUGAUUUAUCUUGUCCUUAAAGAGUUACAACUAUUAAGUUCCGAGGUUGGACGGAUGGCAAUGGCCACAGCAUUGGUAAGCGAUGUGAUGGGGAUUAUUUUAAUUAUUGCAUUUGAAGCAGUAAAGCAAGGUCAACAUAGCGGUACCGAUGCUUUGUUGUUUAUGAUUUCUGUGAUAGUUCUACUGGCCUUCGGGAUUAUUGUGAUUCGGAGAGUACUGCUUUGGGUUGUUGAAAAAACCCCUGAAACGAAACCCGUAAAUCAGUCAUAUGUGGUUCCCAUUUUGUUGGGGGUAUUGGUGAUGGCAUGCUUGAGUGACAUGCUUGGUCUAGCCUUUCUUAAUGCAGCAUUGUUGCUGGGGAUAGUGAUGCCGGAUGGUCCUCCACUAGGGGCCACCAUGGUGCAAAGGAGCCAGACAAUAGUAAUGGAGCUUCUUCUGCCGUUUACAUUUGCCCUCGUGGGAUUGAAUGCGGAUGUCUUUGCCAUGGCCAAUUAUGGCUGGUCGAAUUUGGAACCACUAUUUGCCAUGGUUAUUGCAGGAGGUUUAGUUGAGGUGAUGAUAUUUUUGCGAUUUUUGGACUCAAGGAUUUUGGAGAUCCCGACCUACACAUUGAUUCUGCUAUUAACAACAUUGAUGACUGGCACAUGUUCAGCUUUGAUCUGCUUCAUCUACGAUCCAACAAAGCAAUACAUGACAAACAAAAGAAGAACCAUCCAACACACCCCUCCAGGCACAGAGCUCAGCAUAGUAGUUGGCAUCGACGAUGAAGAAUGUGUAGCUGGACUCAUCAACCUUCUCGAGAUCUCCCAUCCAACUAUAACCAGCCCCUUCGCAGUCUAUGCCAUCCAUCUGUUUGAGCUAGUAGGUCGUGCGUUUCCGGUGUUCAUUGACCAUGAUAAACCAGAACGACCACCCAAGUAUAUAGACUACAAAAACAUUCACAAUGCCCUAAAGCUCUACCAAAAAACUAGAUGUGAUUUUGUCAAACUACGUUCGUUCACUGUUGCGACUGUGAAGCGAACCAUGCACCAAGACAUUUGUGAUCUGGCUUUGACAUAUAAAGCAACUCUAAUCCUUUUACCUUUCCACAAUAAAAGGCUUGAUAACCUUGCAGGAAGUGAAAUUGUCCGGCAUGCUUAUGGAAUGCAAUCCAUAAACUCUCGAGUCUUAGCCAAUUCACCUUGCUCAGUUGGAAUUCUCGUCGACAAGGAUCACAGUAAUAACCCUGUUGCCAUGCAAUAUUACCAUCAGCACUUCGUUCACAGAUAUGUUGUUCUAUUUUUGGGAGGAGCAGAUUCUCGAGAGGCACUUGCCUACGCAGACAGGAUGGCCACUAAUCCUGAAGUUUCUCUUACAGUGAUAAGGUUCCUCUCAUAUAAUAACAUCGGAGAUGAUGAAAUGGAGAAGAAGCUUGAUGAUGGGCUGGUGACAUGGUUUUGGGUGAAGAAUGAAGGGAAUGACAGAGUGGUUUAUAGAGAGGUGGUGGUGAGUAACGGGGAAGAAACACUAGCAGCAAUCCAAGCAUUGAACAACGAUAAUAAUGAACUUUGGAUUGUGGGAAGGAAACAAGGGAUAAACCAGGUGCUCCUUGAGGGAUUGUCAAAGUGGAGUGAAAAUCCUGAAUUGGGAGUGAUUGGAGAUUAUGUUGCAUCCAAUGAUUUUAGUAGCACAGCCUCUGUGUUAGUAGUACAUCAGCAAAUUAUGAGAGGAUAA